CCUUAUUUUUAUCCCUCUCUCCAUCGAUCUAGGGUUUUGACCACGGCAACCCUCCGCGUACUCGCGCGACCCCGCCGCAAUUGCCGUCUCAGCACGUUCCCUUCCCUUCUAACGCCCCGCUCGCCUCCGAUUUCCAUGACUUCGUCUUGAUUCUUGGGCUCUCACAGGCCUAUGGCGGCUCGACAACCGCGGAAAGCCUGCGCCGCCGCGGACACGAUCGAGGAGAUUGGAUCCCGCGUCGGUGUCCGAGAGGAGGCCGCAUCAUCCUCCAGGGAGGAAGCGACCACCGAUGUCUCCGGAAACUCCUGGGAGGUGUCGUUGCUGGAGCGGCAGCUGCCCGACAGGGCGGCAGAUGGCUUGUACGUGUUCCAUAACACAUUUCAUCUGCUGCCGAGGGGGAUUGGGCGGCUCGGUGCGCUCAAAACGCUCAAGUUAUUUAGUAAUGAUAUUGAAGUGCUGCCGCCUGAGGUUGACGACUUGGUGAAACUCGAGCGGCUGCAGCUGAAGGUCUCUUCGCCGGAAAUUUCUGGCCUCUCGUUACAAAAGCUUAAAUCUUUGACUGAACUGGAGUUGUCCAAGACCCCACCUAGGUUGUCUGCUUCUUCUAUCUUGUCAGAGAUUUCUGGUCUUAAGUGCCUAACGAGGCUCUCCAUUUGCCAUUUCUCUAUCAGAUAUCUUCCUCCAGAAGUUAGCAAUCUGAAAAAGCUGCAGGAGCUUGAUAUUUCAUUUAAUAAGCUGAAGAACUUACCUGAUGUUAUAGCUGAGCUGGGUUCUCUUAAAUCCCUGAACAUUGCUAACAAUAAGCUGGUUGACCCUCCACCAUGUAUUUCUUUGAUGAGUAGCCUUGAAAGGCUGGAUUUGUCUAACAAUAAGCUAACGUCGUUGACUUCUCUCAGACUUUCUUCUAUGCUCACCCUUCAACAUUUAAAUCUUCAGCACAAUAAUCUUCCCUAUGGUUUUGCAAUACCAUAUUGGAUAAGGUGCAAGUUUGAAGGAAAUAUUCAAGGUAACACCAAAUUUCAAAUCUCCAAGUCUUCAAAUGCAAGUGAGCUAUAUGAUCCUGCUAUUCACAGGGCUCAUUCGAGUCGAUAUUGCAAUGGUUGCCAUAGUACAUCUUCAUGUUCACAUCUGGAACUGUCAAACAGCAUCAGAUGCCAUGUUGCUAGAAGAAUGAAAAGAAGGGGAUGGAAUCGCCACAUAUACAUUCAACAAAGGGGUCGUCAGGAAAGAUUGAACUACAGCAGAAAGUGCAAAGGGGAAGAUCCCAAUCGCAGUAUGAAUCUCAAGAUGGUUGAAGAACCUGACAUUUCUUCAUUUAUUGAGCCAGUAACAGCUGUUGUGUUUGAAGAAUCUGCAAAAGAGGAUGUUCCCAAUUGCAGUAUGAGUCUCAAGAUGGUUGAAGAACCUGACAUUUCUUCAUUUAUUGAACCAGUAACAACUGUUGUGUUCGAAGAAUCUGAGAAGGAGGAUGCUUUUCACAACAACGAUGCUAGUGCAAUAAAUAGUGACGGAUGCUGCCUUGCCAAAGAGAGUGAGAGCAAUGAGGUUGGUUUGCUUGAGAGUCACCCUGAAGAACAAUCAUCAUGUGCCACCUACAACUCUAUUUGCUUGAACAAAGACAAUGAAAUUGAAUCUGAAAGAGAGGACAAUGAAUUUUCCUUCCAUCCCAUCUCUUCAUUUGAUGUGUCGGAUGAGCAGUCCUCUUGCGAGACAUCUAACGUCACAUCAAAAUCUAAAAGGCAUUCUGAGAAGGACCUUGAUAAUCCUAAACCCAGGAAAUUUCGUAAACCUGUUGAAGACUGCUCAGACUUAUCUUGCAAGUAUAGCAUUCAAUCAUACUGCAGCAUUGAUGAUUUCAUACCGGAUGGUUUCUACGAUGCAGGACGUGAUCGUCCCUUCAAGUCCCUGCUAGAUUUUGAACAGAGCCUCUGUCUAGAUUCACGUGAGGUUAUACUUUUGGAUAGAGAGAAAGACGAAGAUCUGGAUGCGAUUGUUUUCUCUGCACAGUUGCUGAUGUCUAGAUUGAAAAGACCAAGCUUAAGUGGAAGGGAAGACAACAUUGUUGAUGAUUUGCAUAGAGCAUCAAUUCUUGCUCUCUUCGUGUCAGAUUGUUUUGGCGGAAGUGAAAGAAGUGGUUCCAUCCUGAAGAUGCGUAGAUCUCUUCUUGGUUUACGCAAACAACAGCCUUUUAUCUGUACUUGUUCUGCUGGGUACAACUUCGAGAAGACCAGACCGUUGGAGAAUAAGCGUGACACUGAGUUUAAUGUCUGUUUUUCUGAGUUGUGUGAUAACUCACUACAAGUUAUCAAAAAAUCACGGAAUUCUAACAUUGUGCCCAUUGGUGCAUUGCGUUUUGGUGUUUGUAGGCACAGGGCUGUGCUAAUGAAGUAUCUCUGUGACCGAGUAGAUCCUCCAAUUCCUUGUGAACUUGUACGAGGAUAUCUUGAUUUCAUGCCCCAUGCUUGGAAUACUGUUUGUGUAAGAAGAGGUAAUGCAUGUGUGCGAAUGGUUGUUGAUGCUUGCUAUCCAACUGACAUUAGAGAAGAAACUGAUUUAGAGUACUUUUGCAGAUAUGUUCCUCUUAGUCGAUUUCUAGUACCUCUUGAAACUGGGAAUUCUACCGUCCCUACGUUGUCUAUUCCUUUCUCACUCAACUAUCAAAUCAAAAGUACAUCCAAGUCUGUCAUCCAUUGCAAAUUUGGGGCACUUGAUGCUGCCAUAAAGGUUCGAUAUUUGAUAGCGGAGCAGACAUUCAUUGAGGAAAUUAGGGCCUUUGAGCACAUGCUCCUGGGGGAAGUAAGGAUUUUAGGCGCUUUGAGAAAUCAUAAGCAUAUAGUGCAUAUUUAUGGUCAUCAACUUUCUUGUAAGUGGCUUCCAGCAGAAGAUGGGAACAAAGAUCAUAAAUUGUUGCAAUCUAUGAUUAUUAUGGAGCAUGUGAAUGGUGGUUCUUUAAAGAAUUAUUUAGAUCAAUUGAGGGAGAAGGGCCGGAAGCAUGCUCCUGCUGACAUUGCUUUGUGUAUUGCUAGGGAUGUUGCCUGUGCACUGGUAGAAGUGCAUUCUAAGCAAAUUAUUCACAGGGACAUAAAAAGUGAAAACAUUUUAGUUGAUUUUGUAUCCCGGGCUGACACAGUGCUUGUUGUCAAGCUUUGCGAUUUCGACAGAUCAGUUCCACUUCAUUCCACUGCACAUACAUGUUGCAUUGCUCACCUUGGCAUACAUCCACCUAAUGUUUGCGUGGGUACACCUCGGUGGAUGGCUCCAGAGGUGGUCCAAGCUAUGCAUCAGAAACAUUCAUAUGGUCUGGAAGUUGAUAUAUGGUCAUAUGGAUGCCUUUUGUUAGAGCUCCUUACCCUUGAACUACCUUACCAAGGACUAUCUGAGUCAGAGCUAUAUAAACUGUUGCAAAUGCAACAGCGCCCAAUGCUCACACCCGAAUUAGAAGCAUUAGCAGGAGUAUCCCAAGAUGAACCAACAGCACAAUCCAAGACAACUGUCUUCUCCUCCAAUGCAGAGUUCAAAAUACUAAAGUGUUUGGUCGACCUUUUCUUUCAGUGCACCCAUGGCGAUCCUUCCCACCGACCGUCUGCCAAGCACAUCUAUGAUUCUCUUCUAACCAUUUCUUCUCAGCUGGAAACUGCAGACCAUGACACUGGACAGUGACUGAUCCAUGAUCACAAGGAGUUUGCGACACUAAACUUUACAUUACAUGCCCCCAACAUGAACUGUUGUCCGAUCCAUCUAAGUUAGUUCAGCAAUACACCAGUUUAUUCUUGGAUCAGUCGAGCUUACCUCUCUUGUAACAUUAUCAACAUUGCGCACAAGUUGCAAGAUGUUUAAUCUGGGGCCCAUUUUUUAAUUUAAAAUGAGUUAGAUGUGCUUUAAGAUUAAUAAUUAUGAUUGAAAUAUGUAACCAUGCUAGGCAGGGGAUGUAUAAUGUUUAACUGAACUCAUCCCAGUUCCAAGAAAUGUGCUUGUUGAUUAAAAUUGAUGUUUGUUUGUUUUUUACAUGUAUUGUAUUACAGUUGAACAGUCAAUUGCGAGCUACUGUAUAAUUAAUUCUGCAAGUACAGAAUUUAUGAGUCUAGAAACUUUAAAGCAUCUAAAUUUUUUUACUCUUA